UACAAGCUGCUUUUAAAAAAAAUUAAAGGUAUUAAGCUUCCCCUCUUGAAGCUACUCAUCUAAACUAAUUACUUUUUUGUUAUCAAAACUCAUGGAUCAACUUCCUACUAAUGGUAUCCUUCAGUCUGAUGCUCUUAAAGAGUACAUCUAUAAAACCAGUGUAUAUCCUAGAGAGCAUGGGGAACUCAAAAAUAUACGAGAAGCUACUGUGACCAAGUAUGGACACAGUAGUGUAAUGGCGGUGCCAGUUGAUGAAGGGCUUUUCUUGACUAUGUUGAUGAAAAUAAUGAAUCCGAAGAAAACACUGGAAAUUGGUGUUUUUACUGGCUAUUCUCUCUUAGCAACCGCACUUGGCUUGCCCGAUGAUGCUCAGGUAACAGCAAUAGAUCCAAAUCAAGAAGCCUAUGAAGUUGGAUUACCAUUCAUUCGAAAUGCAGGCGUAGAUCACAAAAUCAAUUUCAUCAAAUCAGAUGCCAAAUUGGUUUUAACUGAAAUGUUGGACAACAAUAAAGGUGUAGAAGAAAUUGAUUUUGCAUUUGUGGAUGCUGAGAAACACAAGUACAAAGAAUACCAUGAACAAUUGCUGAAACUAGUGAAGGUUGGAGGAAUAAUCGCAUACGAUAAUACCUUAUUUUUUGGCUUUGUUGCUCAACCACCAAACUAUGCCGAAGAGAAUCUCAAGAGAGCAAUAAAUGGCGUAUUAGAACUCAAUGAAUUUCUGGCUAACGAUUCUCGUAUUGAGAUUUCACAAAUUUCUAUCGGAGAUGGUCUCACCUUAUGCAGGCGUCUUAAAUGAGAUUUAAUCAUCUCGUAAUAAUAACUAUAAUUAUUCGUAUUAUUAUGUAUGAUCACUACCGGACUAGUUACUGCUGGAUGGGGUGUUUGUUUCCUUUUUUUUAAUAUAAUAAGAACAUCUCUAAUAGAACCCUUUGAAAAAUAUUAUUCAAAGGUUCAAUU